ACUUAAUUGAGUACCUCGGUUAAGCAUAUCUAGAACUCGCGAAGAAUUCCGCUCAUGUCGGAUGUUUGGCUGUUCGAUAACGGCGUCCUCCGGCGUCGGGUCGGGAGGCCCGGCGGUACAGGCGAUUCGGGGGACGGCCGUGGUAGUAGCAGCCACGGCGGAGGGGACGCAGCCGGCCGACGCAAGGUGCUAGUACAUGUGCCCACAGGCCAGAUCAUAACGUCGUACGAGAUGCUGGAACAGAGGCUGGCGGAGCUGGGGUGGGAGCGCUACCACUACCACCCCGAGCUGCUGCAGUUCCACCAGCGCUCCUCGGUGCACCUCAUCUCGCUGCCCAGGGAAUUCUCCCGGCUCAGGCUGGUUAACAUGUACGACAUCGUCGUAAAGACCAGAAACGUCUUCGAGGUGCGCGAUGCGUGAUUUCCGGCUGCCCAGCGAGCUCUCCUCCGUAGCUUCUCCUUUAAUUUCUUUGCGUGUGCAGGGUUACGUCGUCCUGGGCCCGCAGGACAAAUUAAGUAUUCGCUAGCUUCUGUACCUAUAUAUAUACGCACACACAUAUAGGUUUGCUAAUUAGUUGUCGUGGGUACGUGGUUUGUUUGUGCAACGCUUGCUUGCUAGCUUCUGUGUGUGCGUGUGUGUGUGUGUGCGUGUGUGUGUGUAGUGUUUUCCUUGUUUGUGCUGUUAUCGCUCAGCCCUGAGUGUUUGCAGUGCUUGGGUGUGCACGUAGAAGAGUGCUUGGUAGUUUGGGGAUAUAUUUGGUGCUGAACAAUUGAGUAUAUGAUCUCCUCGUUGUUUCGAAGUUGUUGAAAUAGGAAGACAAGGUUUGCUAAUUACUUGCAA